GCUGUCAACCUGCCAAUUAAGAAAGAUGUGUUUGCUAAUUCAAGUCAGUGCAUGAUGCUUUUAAUAUUAGAGCGUGACCAAAACAGGAUUUUCUAGACCAUAUCUGAUAUUUGAUUUUAGAAAUCAGAUAUAUUGAAUUUAUAUUUUUAAGACACAUGAAAGAUAAGCAAAUUUGAAAAUUAUUAUGUGUAGUUAUGUAUUUAUUGUUUACGAUGUGUCCAGCUUUACUUGGAUCUGUUGGAUGAGGUGCUUGUGGCAUUGCAAAUGCUCUGUUUUACUUUGCUGAGUGCCUUGUGGUGGAUAAACCAUGCAUCCUCAACAAUCAUAAUAUGACUGAAGGGUGUUUCUCUCAUCUCUUCUCAGCUUUCUUGCCUUUUUAAUUUCCGUUUAUUUAUUUGAUUUGUUAUAGAUGUUAACCGUCAUAUGUUGGCAAAUGGCUAGCGUCAAUUCUAAUAUAUUAACCUUCCUGAUGUAAAUCGCGCUUUAUUAUUGGCCAUCUGGAAAUAUCACAAUAUGUAUUUUAGUCAUAAGAAAUUGAAGUUUCCAGUCCUUUUCAAGGUAAUAUUUUAAAGUUGUCAACUCACACCUACCCCAGACUGUUCACUGGGGAAAACCUUUAGUUAGCAAGACAAAGGGUUAUAAGUAUAAUGACCCCUGCCUGCUGCCUAUUGCUGAGGGGAACUCAAGAUGGAACAGAGUUCAGCCCCUGUCUAUGGCACUGGUUCCAAAGUUCUCAGAAAUGCAUUGAUAUUAGCCUGACUAUAUCUAGGUAAUCUCUGAGGAUCUCUGGAGAGCAGGUGACUAGAAGUGCUAUCCAUCAUGAGGUUUCCUACUAGCCUUGUCACCACCUACUGGAUGGAACAUGGGGCACAUUCCAGGGCAGACUGAUUCACUUAUUUUGCCACAGGGACAGAUUUUAAAGGGCUUUUUUUUUUUUUUUUUUUUUACAGCACCUUGCAGUUUGUGGUGCAAUAACAUAGGGAUUUCUCAACUUGGCUGGUGGUAUAAAUAAAGUAUGUAGUAUCUUACACUAAACACAGAUAUUGAAUCAGUUAUGUACAGCAGCAGUUCAGGCACAUAAACAAACAGUAGAAAACAGAUGACGCACAGAGGAAGAGGUGCUUCUGCACCCGUGACAUUGUGCAUGACUUUCAAAAUCAAGCCUUCAUGCACUUCACUUUUUAACACAGCUAAUUUGAAGUCCUGAUGGAUGUUUUGCUUCUUGUAUGAUUAUUGAAUAAAACAAUCUUGAGUUUAGAAGAAAUGUUAAUUUGCUGCAGCCCUACCUCUUCAGUAGUAAUAGUUAUGCUAUAAGUACCUUUGCUGCACUGAAUGUCAUUCUGAGUUCGCGUUGCACUGGAGGUUAAAGGCUUUGCAAACACAAUCUAAAUAUGGUUCUUCAAACAAAGGUUACAAAGAUCUGGCACGGAAGGAAAAGCUAACCAAAUAGCCAAACCCCUUUGCCUUCACAUAAUAGAGCAGCAGUUGUGGGGUAAUAGAGUUUGCUCUUAUUUUUACUUUGACAGCUUUUGCAAGGUUUUUGGACAUGAAGGCAUUCAAGGUUCUGUUUGCGCUUCUCCUGACUGCAGCAACAAUUGACGGGCAGUCUUUUCAUGUUGGCAAGUGCCUGAAGCCAUCUGUUCAAGAAGACUUCAACGUUACAAAGUAUAUGGGUACCUGGUACGAAAUUGAGAAGCUUCCAGCUGUGUUUGAAAGAGGAACAUGCAACCAAGCUACAUACAGUCUUCAGUCCGAUGGAACAGUCAAAGUUCACAAUGCGGAGCUCCUGUCUGAUGGGACGAUAAACUCAAUUGAGGGAGUUGCCAAAGUUAAAGAACCAUCUCAACCUGCUGUUCUAAGUGUCAACUUCUUUAAAGGUGUUGCAGAUGGUCCCUACUGGGUGCUCUCCACAGAUUACCAGUCCUAUUCUUUGGUGUACUCUUGUUCUGACUUCUUUGGAGUUUUUAACAUUGACUUUGCCUGGAUCCUGGCUCGCACUCGUACGCUGACUGAGGAUGUCAUCAAACAGUUACAUGAGAAGCUGACUGCUGCGGGUGUCAAUGUAAAUCGCCUUGAAGUCUCCAACCAGACUGCUUGUGAUGUUAUGGUUAUGACCUGACCUUAUCUGACCUCUAAAAAUUGAACUAAAAAACUACAAAGUGCUGAUUACCUGUUUGAGCUGUAAUAAUAAUAAUAAGAAUGGAUUGCAUUUAUAUAGCGCUUUUUGGGGCCCUCAAAUCGCUUUACAAUUCCACUAUUCAUUCACUCUCACAUUCAUACACUGGUGGAGGCAGCUACAGUUGUAGCCACAGCUGCCCUGGGACUAUGAUAUUAAUGUGUUGAUAAAAUUUCAGAAUAUGAUAAAUAAAAUGCAAACACUUAAUAGAAGCUAA